CUCAGCGCGAAAUUUUGUAAUCUCGCUACUUCCUUAAACAUUUAAAACUGCCUUUUCUUCUUAAAGGUAAACUUCGAAGAAUCUAAGGGAAAAAUUUAGACGUUGAUACGUCGAAGGAUAUUUUAAACCAAGGAUUUUCGGAAACAUUCGGGAUAUUGUCGCGAUUUAAUCGUAGAAUUCUCGGUAUAAGCGAGUAUUAAGGAAAAACAUGGCGGUUGCUGGAAGGCAAAAUCAACUUGAAUACUUUCUUCAAGGAAGCGUGGGGAAGGAAUCCGUGAGCACUCUUUUGCAUAGACUCAGAGGACUGUGUGAUGGUGCAUCUCGACAGUUUGCGACCUUUGCAGAUCGUGAAAUGUUAUAUUCACUCGGUGGUCCAGGGAACAGUGUUUCGCUGAGAGCACGACACUCUCUAGAUGACUCCAAAGCACCAUGGCAGUUACGCUAUGUUGGCCAAAGUGAAAUGGGUGAUAAAAGUAGGAGCACCCUGUUACGCAGUUGUGUUGAGGUGUCAACAAGUGACAAUCUGACAACUUUCCUUAAAGAACUUGGAUUUAGGUAUGAGAGUGAAUUUGUCUUGAAGGGAUAUUAUUUUAUCAAAGGACAUAUGCGAAUCACUGUCAGUCAAGUUUGUAGAGUUGUGGGUGUCAGUGAUCCACAAUCAUCCCAUCCUAUUUCAGAAUCAUACCUUGUGGAAAUCAGUCUUAUGACCACAGUGCAACAGGACACCUUGGCUGAUGAGAUAAAGGCUUUUGCAGAACACUUGAAGCCUCUAGUUCACCUAGAGAAAGUUGAUCACAGAAAACUACACAUGACAUAGCAAAGGACAGUUCUGGUAACCUUCAAUGGUUCAUAUGGCUUUACUAUCACCAACUCACUACUGGAAGAGAGCUGUGUGCUUCUAAAGAAGUGAUCCAGAUGUGGUCUGUCAAGAUUUCAAUUCUUGCAAAGAUUCAUUGACGUUGAAGAAGGUCCAUGAUGUUGAUGGUCUUUUUUUUCAGCUUGGGUUUUUGAAACAAAAAUUAUCAGAUCCUUUAAAAAAUGGACAGGUUUCAGUGAAACUAAUGGUGAUGACACUUCAAAUUGAAUGGAAAAGGUGAAAGACAAAGCAUAGUACUUCAUCACCUUGUGCUUCUGGAACUGUUCUUCUGAUGGAACAUUUUAAUGUUUCAACAUCAAUUCUGAGAAUGUAUAACGCCUUGAGUCACUGGAGGCAUAAACGCAUAGAGCUUCAUAACAUCAUGCUGCAGGACUUGUUCUUCUGCAAGAUGCAUUCUAAUCACUUGCGCACUUGAUGCUUCAUUGGAGAAAAAUAGUCCUGAAUGAGAGUUUAAUCUUAACCAUAAAGUACAGUACAACUGCAGCAACUAUUGAUAAACCCUCAGGAUCCCUUUCACCUCCAGUGCACUACUCUGUAACAUGAAAUCUUGCAAUACUGACUUUUAACAUGACUACUGGUACUAAAAUGCUUUUUUCUCUUUUAACCUUAUGUUCAACUUAAUGAAAAUAAAUAAAUUAGGUACAAGAGUGCCACAUCUUCUUUCAAA